AUGGUCUUUUUCCAGUCACGAGACCGGACUUCCAAACACUACUCCAGCGAGAGUUACGAGGAGUCUCUUCCUGACUGUCCCUACCCUUGGAUCUUCGGUGUUGGUCAUGUUCCUUCAAAAUCCGAAACCUUAACCAACACCAACACGAAGAUUUUCCCCGUUUCUCACACCGAAUAUGUUCGUGAAUCAUCUAGAAAUUCUUAUGUUAUCUGUGCCUACGAUGGCGAUGCUCCUCGAUGGACCAAUACACCCGCCCCGCUUCCUCAGGCGUGUGUCCAAUACUUUGGCAUCUGUCACUCCGUCCUUCCCAAUGGCCAUCUCCGUGUCAAUGUGGAGUCAAUUAUCCUCAGCCUCGUGCCUCUGUCAAGCCCAGAUCAAUCUACGAUUUCCACUCCAACGAGGAAAAGAAAGUUCCAGGCUAUUGCAUCACCAUCAACGGCCAGCAAAAUUACCAUAAAUUCCAUUCCACCUGUUAGUGCUUCAUCAUCGUAUGUUCUUUCUUGGUCGUUCAUCAAUACCUCAAUUCACAUGACCUUUGAGCAUGUCGGUUCCAUCAAUCAAUGCGUCCUCGGCGACUCUGUUCCCCUCGGUAACCCUGCUUCGUCAUCAGCAUUGACUAUGCCCAAUUAUGGUGCUUCGUCGUCGAUGUCGGUUCGCCUUCAGUCUGUGCCCCCCGUCGAUAUCAACAUGCACCCUGAUUCUGGAGCUGCACCUUCACCCCUCAGCACCAUCGACGAUUUCGAAGCAGACGAGUCUCUUCCCCCUGUUGCUUCGCAAUCAUCAAAGGCAAAAGGAAAGAAAAAGGCAAAAUUUUGA